GUCAUGAAGAUGUGGUCAAGUUACUCUUACCUCAAUCAGACGUGAAUCAUCAAAAUGAAUCCAACCACACUGCCUUGUAAGUCCUAUUAAGUGUAGAACAUUUGAGUUACAGAAACUGAUGAAUGAAAAAAAAAAAAGACAUUAUGCAGCUUCCAAAAAUAGAAUAGAGAUCUGUAGAUUGUUGCUAGCCUCGGGAGCCAAUGUAAAUCCGUUGAAUGGACAGAAACAGACUCCGUUACAUAGGGCAGCCAGUGGUGGUUAUGUUCAUAUCAUGGAACUGUUACUCUCUCAUAAAUGUAGAGUCAAUCCUAGAGAUAGUGCUGGAAAUACGCCACUUCAUCUCGCUGUGGAAGAAGACCAUGGAAACGCCGCUCGUUUACUUUUACAACACCAUGCAGACCCAGACCGUUUAAAUAACGAUGGAAAAUCUCCCAUUGAAAUUGCCUCACCCCAACUCGCAUCUAUUCUUUUUUCUGCAAAUAAAUAAAUAAAAAAAAAAUUUUAGGGGGGGCCAAAAUAAAAAAAAAACGACGUCAUAUUUGGAUAAAAAAAAAUUUUUUUUUUUUCUGAAAUAUAACAGCCCCC